GUCGAACAUGACCGUGGUGGCACCACCCGACCCCGCCGUCGUGUUCAAGCUAUGACGGUCGUUGUCCUCGUGUCGAACACGACCGCAGGUCGUGUUCAAUACGAUGACGGUCGAGCGCGGGCAUGUACACUAUGUGUUGAGCACGACCCCGUCGUCGUGUUCAACACGAUGACGGUCGUUGUCAUCGUGUCGAACACGACCGAGGUGGCACCCCCCGACCCCGCCGUCGAGUUCAAUGGGAUGACGGUCGCUCUCGUAGUGUUGAAAUCGACUGCGUUGAAUCGCCGCCGUGCCGGUGGUAAUGUUCAACAGGCGACGGUGGACCGCGGACAUGUUCACCAUGGAAGCACCAUCGCGUUCAACAAGCAGGCGGUCGCUCAUCGUAAUCUUCAACACGACGGCGGCAGAUGGUUGUGGCUGAAUACAUUUUUGAAAAAGAGGGCGACUUUGUCAAAAGGUUACAUUAUGCCGGAGCAUGGUGGCACUGGACUCAGACGCACAUCUGCAACAUAUGCGACGAUGUUCGGCAAACUAAGCUCCUUUGUGCGUGACAAUGAAGAUUCUAUGCCCAAUGACAUGAGGAUCAAAGAUGGAGAAUCACGAGUGGUUUUGAGAUUGCUUGCUUGCUAUAACAAGGUUGACAUUUAUAAGUUAUUGAAGUCACAGUUUGACAAUCUGGGUGUCCCUUCUGUUUCUCUCCAAGUUUUCUAUAACAUGUGGAGAACACACUUCUGGCAUGUGAAAUUUCAUGAAGUUGAUCAAAACUUUGCGAAAUGCGAGAAGUUCGUUGAGUUCAAAGAAUCUAUCCAUUUUGCGAAGUUCGUACGUGUGCGUGAUUAUUUCGUUUCGGAACGCGACAAACACUUGGACUUGCAGCUUCAACACCGUGUUGCUUAUGAGACCGAGAUCACGAACAGGACUCUCGGAGAUAUCCUCCGAAAGAUUAUUCGUGACGACCAGCAGUGGGAUCUUCAUCUUGCCCACGAGGAGAUAACCUACAACCACGCCGUCUCGCCAGCCACGGGGAUGUCGCCUUACUAUUGCGACCUCGGCUAUCACCCUCGUGUUCCCGCGGACUUUCUUCGACCGUCACAGAUGCACCCCGACACGAGUUGUCCCUUGCUAGAUGAUUGGGUUGCACACAUGACGUCGAUCAUGAAGACUGCACAUGAGCACAUAGCCGCUUCCCAGACUCGCAUGGCAGCACGUGCGAACCGAUCGAGGAUGGAUCAUCCAUUCAAAGUCGGUGAUGACGUGCUUAUCGAUGCCCUCCACUUACAGCUCGAAGGGGACACGCUUCACAAGUUUCGGCGUCUCUUCUUUGGCCCAUGCCGCAUCCUCCAGGCCGUCGGUUCUGAUACGGCUUCUAGCCCGGUCAGCUUUCGUGUGAAGCUGCCCGACUACCUACGCCGGGCUCGUGUGCACGAUGUCUACCACGUCUCGUUACUGCAUCCUUACCGCCGACCGUCUGAGCAUUUUGCUGGACGACCAUACGAGCGCCCUCCACCCAUCAUGGUGGACGGUCACGAGGAGUUCCUCGUUUCAGACAUCAUUGGUCGCCGAGUCACCGACGACAACCCUCCCCACGUCGAGUAUCUCGUACGUUGGAAGGGUUACCCUGAUGAGGAAGCUACAUGGGAACACCUCGAGCACUUGCAGCACACUCGCAUGUUGGUGCGUGCCUAUGACCGUGCUCGUCGUGCUGGGUUCACUGCUCCUCCUCAGCCCACGGACCCUCCUCUUCCUCCCUCGGCUGAGGAGACCGCUGAAGUCGAGCCUGGUCCAUCUGAGGCAGACCUUCAGCAGCAGCCGGAUGCUUCUGAGCGUCCACAGCGCACUCGUCGUCAUCGUGCUCGAUACGACGAUUGACUCUGACUUACCUUCCCACGUCUUUGACUUCUCAGAACUCCAUCCACAUC